GCAGUUAUCCUGCAGUACAUCAUCUUAAAGUGUGUAUUUGUUUUUAAAAUAUGCUGAUCUGUACUGAGACUUACAGGACUGUGUGUCUGUUUUCCAGUGAAUAAUAUGAGGAAGACUUUGAAUGGGUUGGAUCCUGGAAUCACACUGCAAAGCUUCUAUUGUGUUUAGACGGGGAGGCAGCAUGCAAACUGCUUGGCCAGUCAAACCCCCACCCUUGUAGCCACCAGCACCACCAAAGCAGAUUUGGGGUUGAUUCCUGUAACUUCCACUCUGCCUCAUUACCAAACACCAUGGAUCCCAUCCGAGGCAUACAAAGCCAAACCACUGUGGCUUCUUCCAGCUCUGCUACUCCUCUCAGCUCUUGCAGCAAUUGUGCCAGGCACCACUACCACAACAUCAGGAGAAAGCUACGGCCAGGACGGAUACUGGGCUUCAUCAUCAGCCUGGCAGCAGUCUGCACAAUCUGUUCAUGGAGUGCCUUGUCGCUGGCUAAAGUGGCAGCCAUUGAGCCGGAUGCAGCAGUUGAAGGGUCAGCGGAGGUGUCAGUGCCACAAAGAACUCUUCUACAGGAUCAGAAUCUGUCAGGCUUCCCAGCGGAGACACCUAUGGCCAUGCAUUCAGCUGAGCUGGAGAUGAAUCACGGCGACUACCCCAGGGACUACUUCACUUUGGAGGAGAGGCGACAAGGCUACGUGGUGCUUCACAUGUUUGGCAUGUUGUACAUGUUCAUCGCCUUAGCCAUCGUCUGUGAUGAGUUCUUUGUCCCAGCACUCACGGUCAUCACGGAGAAGCUGGCAAUCUCUGAUGAUGUAGCAGGAGCCACCUUCAUGGCGGCAGGUGGCUCAGCCCCAGAGCUCUUCACCUCUGUAAUAGGAGUCUUUAUUUCCCACAGUAAUGUGGGUAUUGGCACCAUCGUGGGCUCAGCUGUCUUCAAUAUCCUUUUUGUGAUAGGGAUGUGUGCCCUUUUCUCCAGGGAGGUGCUAAACCUCACCUGGUGGCCUCUAUUCAGAGAUGUCUCAUUCUAUAUCAUGGGCUUGCUGAUGCUCAUUACUUUCUUUCUGGAUAAUCAAAUCACAUUACUGGAAAGUAUAGGUCUGCUGCUGUGCUACACCUGCUACGUGACCUUUAUGAAAUUCAAUGCCCAGGUGGAGUCUGUCAUCAAGGGCAAACUGAGCAGCAACCAAGUGGACAACCUGGAGGCUGCAACAAAG